AUGACGAGUCUGGUAAAUUAUGACCGAAGUCGUCGGAUGUCGGGCGCUUCUCCUCAGAGCCCAGCGGCAGACUAUCCUUACAACGACAAGACAUUCUCUCCUGGUGGCGGGCCGGUAGUCCAAGAUAGUGGGGACGAGAACAAGGAGAUCCAGCAUCUUGCUCGUCAAUAUUCACGGGCUUCAGGUGCAGACCUGCCGUUCCAUCCGUUCGACGAGUCCAUCGCUGGCACAGAAAUCGAUCCUAGUUCGGACAAUUUCAAUGGCAGGGCUUGGACGAAAGCCAUGCUCAGGCUACAGAAGCAGUCUGGCCAAGAAAAUGUUGGUCGAACUGCUGGCUUUGCUUUCCGGAAUCUCUCGGCGUUCGGCUAUUCCAAAGGCAGCGAUUUCCAGAGAACCGUCGACAACUAUCCAGUCGCCUUGAUGGAUAUGGCUCGAGGUCUUGUCGGCCACAAAGGCCAUCGUGUGGACAUUCUGCGAAACUUUGAGGGCGUUGUGCAGCCUGGCGAAAUGCUUGUCGUGCUAGGACCUCCCGGGUCCGGUUGUUCUACAUUUUUGAAGACCAUCACGGGCGAAACUCAUGGCUUUAGCCUCGGCGACGACUCGUAUAUCAACUAUCAGGGCAUCAGCUACAAACAAAUGCACAAGAAUUUCAAGGGUGAAGCUAUUUAUACGGCCGAACAAGAUGUCCAUUUUCCCAUGAUGACUGUGGGUGACACACUCCUGUUCGCUGCACAAGCUCGGACGCCCCAGAACCUGCAGUUGCCCCAGGGUAUCACCAAGAAAAUGUACGCCGCGCACUUACGGGAUGUGGUCAUGGCCACAUUUGGCAUCAGACAUACCGUCAACACCAAAGUGGGCAACGACUUCGUCAGAGGCGUCAGCGGUGGUGAGAGGAAGCGAGUUUCCAUCGCAGAGGCGACUCUUAGCAAUGCGCCGCUGCAGUGCUGGGACAAUAGCACUCGAGGUCUUGAUUCCGCGAAUGCCAUUGAAUUUUGCAAGACCCUACGGACGUCGACGGAUCUGAAUCAAACGACUGCGGCUGUUGCCAUCUAUCAGUCUCCGCAGAGUGCCUACGACUAUUUCGACAAGGUCAUUGUUCUGUACCAAGGCCGAGAAAUCUACUUUGGGCGCACCACCGAAGCCCAGAAGUAUUUUGAAGACAUGGGUUUUGAAUGUGCAAAGCGCCAGACAGUGCCCGACUUCCUGACCUCGAUGACCAAUCCGAUCGAGCGCCUGGUCAAGAAGGGAUACGAGUCGCAGGUGCCCCGUACACCCGACGACUUUGCCGAACGAUGGCACAACAGCGAAGCACGGAAGAGAAUGCUGGCCGAGCUCGACGCUUUUGAGCAAGCAAAUCCCAUUGGUGGACCCAAUCUCGAAGCUUUCCAGCAAUCCCGGCGUAUCCAGCAGUCAAAGAAUCAGCGCAGGUCCUCACCCUACACGUUGUCCUACAGCGGCCAAGUCAAGUUGUGCGUGUGGAGAGGCUGGAAACGGCUCAUGGACGACCCUGCUAUUACUCUGACACAAUUGUUUGCAAACUGCAUCAACGCGCUGGUUGUCUCUUCACUGUUCUACAACUUGCCGGCCACCAGCGAUUCUCUACGGGCUCGAAGCUCUCUCGUCUUCUUUGCAGUCCUGCUGAACGCCUUUGGCAGCGCUCUUGAAAUCCUGACUCUGUAUGCCCAACGACCAAUCGUCGAAAAACACCAACGGUAUGCACUCUAUCACCCUUCGGCCGAAGCGUUUGCGUCGAUGUUAUGUGACAUACCUUCGAAAGUGCUCAACACCAUCGGAUUCAAUUUAAUUCUCUACUUCAUGACCAACCUGCGACGCACACCGGGUGCCUUCUUCUUCUUCCUCUUCAUGUCCUUCAUCUUGACACUCACCAUGAGCAUGUUGUUCCGCUUCAUUGCCUCAGUGUCAAGAUCUUUGGUAGAAGCUUUGGUCCCCACCGCCAUUUUGAUGGUGUCUAUUGUCGUCUAUACAGGUUUCGUUAUCCCCGUCGACUAUAUGCUCGGAUGGGCUCGGUGGAUCAACUACAUCAAUCCCACAGCAUAUGGCUUCGAGAGUCUAAUGGUCAAUGAAUUUCACAAUCGAGAUUAUCGAUGCUCGACAUUUAUGCCCCCGGCGCCUCAAUUCGGCAACGGCUCAUCAAUAUCUCAAAUCUGCACCGUUGUCGGAUCCGUUGCUGGGCAGACUGUGGUGAAUGGCGACGACUACAUCAACAUUUCGUACAGGUACUAUGCGUCGCACAAGUGGCGAAAUGUGGGCAUUACCUUUGCCUUCAUGAUAGCCCUCUGUCUCGCCUACCUCGUUGCGACCGAGACCGUCACUGCUAAGAAGUCGAAAGGCGAGGUUCUUCUCUUCCGUAGAGGGCACAAACCAGCAUUUCUGAAGGAGAAAGCAUCGGAUACCGAGUCGCAGGGUUCUGAUCCCAACCUCGCUGCUCUGACGAGGAAACAAACCAUGGACGAACAAUUGACGCGCCAAGUCAGUGCUGUGAUCCAAAAACAGACAGCCAUCUUCCAAUGGAAAGAUGUUUGUUACGACAUCAAGAUCAAGGGUAAACCUCGCCGGAUUUUGGACCAUGUUGAUGGCUGGGUUAAGCCGGGAACAAUGACUGCGCUCAUGGGUGUCUCUGGGGCUGGUAAGACCACACUACUCGACUGUCUCGCAACCCGCGUCACAAUGGGCAUCAUCACGGGUGAAAUGCUUGUCGACGGAAGACCACGAGACGAGUCCUUCCAGAGAAAGACCGGCUAUGUUCAACAGCAAGACUUGCAUCUUGAGACGAGUACGGUCCGCGAGGCCCUCCGUUUCAGUGCUCUGUUACGACAACCUAGAGAAACACCCCGGUCUGAGAAGAUUGCUUACGUCGAAGAGGUCAUUAAACUGCUCGAUAUGCAGGAGUACGCCGAUGCCGUCGUGGGUGUGCCUGGUGAAGGUCUAAACGUCGAACAACGCAAGCGGCUCACAAUCGGAGUCGAGCUCGCCGCGCGACCCCAGUUACUGCUCUUCCUUGACGAGCCUACCUCAGGUCUCGACUCUCAGACUUCUUGGUCCAUUCUCAACCUCCUCGAAAAACUCACCAAUGCCGGUCAAGCUAUCCUCUGCACCAUCCAUCAGCCGUCAGCCAUUCUGUUCCAGCGAUUCGAUCGACUAUUGUUCCUUGCUGCCGGUGGGAAGACGGUGUACUUCGGACCAGUCGGCAAGGACUCCAACAUCUUGAUUGACUACUUCCAGAGAAACGGCGCCCACGACUGCCCACCCGGUGCUAACCCAGCCGAGUAUAUGCUCGAGGCUAUCGGGGCAGCGCCGGGAUCCCACUCAGACAUCGACUGGUUCCAAGUCUGGAGAAACUCGCCCGAGUACCAGGAAGUCCAACGGGAACUGGAGCAAAUGAAGGAUGAGAGAUCCCAACUGGUAGCUCCAGUGGCAGCGAACAAGACCGAGUACUACGAAUUCGCAGCACCCUUCUGGCAGCAGUACUUGGAGACCCAGAAGCGAGUCUUUGAGCAGUACUGGCGCACGCCGACGUACAUAUACUCGAAGCUGAUCCUUUGCUGUCUUACCGGCCUCUUCAUCGGCUUUUCACUCUUCAAGGCUCCCAACACGCAGCAGGGACUCAACAACCAACUCUUCGGCAUUUUCAUGCUUCUGAUCCUCUUCUCCCAGCUCGUCCAGCAGAUUAUGCCCUUGUUCGUCACACAGCGCAGUCUCUACGAAGUCCGUGAGCGACCAUCGAAGACGUACUCGUGGAAGGCAUUCAUGCUCUCGAACAUCCUCGUUGAGCUUCCCUGGGCGGCUUUGGGCGCCGUCGUCCUGUUCUUCUGUUGGUACUAUCCUAUCGGACUCUACCGCAAUGCAACCUACUCGGACGCCGUGGCCUCACGGGGAGCAACGCAAUUCUUGUUUGUGUUGGAGUUUAUCCUGUUCAGCAGCACCUUUGCACAUCUGAUGAUUGCGGGGAUCGCGACGGCUGAGACGGCGUCGAACAUUGCCAACGUCCUGUUCUCGCUCUGCCUGUUGUUCAAUGGCGUCCUGGUCGGUCCGAAAGACAUGCCCGGAUUUUGGAUUUUCAUGUACCGAGUCAGCCCCUUCACAUACCUUGUCGGAGGCCUUCUUAGCGUUGGCGUCGCCGAUGCUCCUGUCACCUGUGCCGACGCGGAAUAUCUCCACUUCACGGCGCCGUCCGGCCAGACAUGCGGCGAAUACCUCGAACCUCUCAUCUCCGCUGCAGGCGGCUACCUCCUCGACCCGCGCAGCAGCAACUGUGAGUUCUGCACCAUCGACAACACCAACACUUUCCUGUCAUAUGUCAGCAUUUCUUUUUCCAAUAGAUGGCGGGACUUUGGAAUUUUGCUUGUCUACAUUGUCUUUAAUGUCUUUGCCGCGACGGCGAUUUAUUGGUUGGCGAGAAUGCCCAAGGGGAAGAAAUUCCAAGGCAAGGAUAAGAAAGCGGACUCUGCGUUGGUGAAAACGGAGAGUAAUUUGUCCGGUGCUGAGAAGCGCGAGGUUGAUGGGGACGCGGAGAAGGGUGCUGCCGUCCUUGGUGGCCGUUCAUCGCCUGGAGGCUCCAGCUCGUCUAGCGACGGGAUUCAACGCGAGAAGCAACAAGAGCCUGAUAUCUCAAGGGAAGCCGUUCCGGCGGAUGAGCAGAGACAACAGGAGAAGAGGUACGAGCCUAUUGUGGCCCCGAAGUCUGACAAGGACGAGGAGGAAGGCUCCUCGACACCGGCAAGACCCGAGCCCGAGCGCUUCGUUACUGCACCGGAGUUGUGA